AAACGUAUUAAGUGGACGGCCGAUCUUAGUGUAAAGAGUUUUCGAUGUGAACAAAGAAGUUAAUAUUGUGUUGUCUACUGCAAUUGGAUAUCUGUUGUUUCUUAGUAUCAUCGUGAACUUGUUCAACUGGUCCGAUGGUAACAAGGCGGUUACGUCGCGGUCAUAAAGCCACAUAGAAACCGAUCCGGAUCUCACCAGCAUAUCAUCAGUCGUUAGAAUAUCAAGUCUUAAAGAAUUAUUUAUUACUUCAAUAUCUUUGUUGCCAGUCGAUUUCCGAGGCCUUAAAUAAGGUUUUUAUUACUUUAUCUCUACGAUAAAAGAUUAAAUAAAUACUAUAUGCUCGAGUACAGUAUUUGAAACGAGUGUUAGCGUUCCAACUUCUAAACUACUUUUUGAGAUCAUGAUCUCAUACGCAUCUUUUAUAUUUUUGAGUUUAUGUUUAUUUCAUAAUGUUGAAUCUUCGGCGAGAAUUGAUCCGUUGGUAGAUACUAAGGUUGGGUUGAUUAGAGGUUUGAGAUCCAGCAAUGGACAGUAUUCAAUGUUUAUGGGAAUACCUUUCGGCCAAGUAAAUGCAAGCAAUCCGUUCGGGGCAGCAUCAGAGUACCCCCAUUUCAAUGAUGUCUUUGAAGCGUACAGCGAUACAUCAGUCUGUCCCCAGAUCUAUCAGUUCAAUAACUCUGUAGCUGGUCAUCUUGAUUGCCUCCGAUUAAAUAUUUACGUACCCUCAUCAGCCACAUCCAAGAAUAGAUUACCAGUAAUGGUAUGGCUGUAUGGAGGCUCCUUCAGAAGAGGGUUUGGCGGUAGAGUAAUGUUUGGACCAGAUUUUCUGGUCAGGCAUGACGUCAUCCUUGUCACCGUCAACUAUCGCGUUGGACCCUACGGCUUCAUGUGUCUUGACAUCCCCGAAGUACCAGGAAAUCAAGGUCUUAAAGAUCAAUUUAUGGGUAUGAGGUGGAUAAAGGAUAACAUAGAAGCUUUUGGUGGAGAUGUAAACAAGAUAACUCUAUUUGGUGAGAGUGCUGGUGCGCAUUCUGUUGAAUUACACGUCAGAUCUUCAAAGGAAAAAUUGUAUAACAAAAUAAUUAUACAAAGUGGAAGCGCAGUCGCAGCUACCGUUUUAAUACCACCUGACAGAGAAGCUCCUAUUAAACUGGCUGAUAAACUUGGUUUUUCCACUAACAAUGUGUAUGACGCAUUGGCUUUCCUCACUAGCCUUGAUACGAAUUUGGUCAUCGCUGCAUCAAUAGAACUUGGUUUUCUAUUCAAACCAUGUGUUGAAAGAGAAUUCGAGGGUGUAGACAGCUUUAUUACUAGUAGCUGGAUUGAAGCACCUGUCCCUAAGAUAGCAAACGUACCAGUAAUGAUAGGAUUCAAUGAACACGAACUAAUGUAUGACUAUGUAAACAAAAACGAUGCCAAUUUUAAUUCUUUGAAUAUAUUCAGCGAUUAUUUAGAUCAAGCUUUUGACUUCAACAUGGAGAAACGACAAGAUUUGGAGAAGAUAAUCAGACAUUUCUAUAUAGGCGAUGAAGCAAUUAAUAAAGAUGUUACGUGGCCAUUAAUACAUUUUGAUUCAGACUUCACUUACAUUCAUCCAGUGCAAAGGAGUAUAAAUAAAUUUAUUGAGAGUGCAGCUGGGGAUGUAUUUUACUACAUGUUUUCGUAUUCUGGAGAAAGGAAUUUUUAUAAGAUAUAUAAUAACAUAUUGGAGGGAGGGGCGAGCCAUGCAGACGAGCUGGGCUAUCUGUUUAACAUGAGUUAUCUGACAGAGGAGCCGACGCAUGAAGAUCAACUUAUAAUUGACCGUAUGACGACGAUGUGGACAAACUUUGCAAAGUUUAGCAAACCAACACCGGAGGCGACAAAUCUCAUACCAGUCGUAUGGACUCCAGUCACAAAUAAAUCCUAUAAUUAUUUGAGGAUAGAUACUGAACUCAAAGUCGGCAGCAGACCCUUUAACGACAGAAUGGCGUUUUGGGAUCUCUUCUAUGACAUGAAUAGAGAUGCUCAAAAAAAAUUCGAACCCAUCGAGAUUAGAAGAAUGACUCAGUCUCAAGGAACUUUAUAACAUUAUCCUGCAAAUUUGUUUGAGGUUCGGGUGCUCGUUAUGCCAACUUCGUCACCUAUAAGGAUGAAAAUGAAAUGAGGCAGCCGAACAAGUAUUCAACCCUAACAUAGGGACAAAAAUAUUUAUCGCGAAUACAUUUAUUUUGUGUUUCAUCAUAACUUUCUAGGAUCGCUAGGACCUGGUUCUAGAAACCUAGGGCUUUUGGACUGCAUAAGAAGAGCAAUUCCUGAUAUUAUAUAUCGGAUAUUAUAGAGGCAAGAAAAUUAAUUUAGUAGAAGCUAUUACCACAGUCAAUAAUAUAUGUAUGUUAUAAAUGCUCAUAUACUUAAGAUUCCAGAAAUCUACGUUCCUGGUUAUAUUAUAGCGUUGCAUUUAUUUGUAUCAUUUACUGUUUAUUUUAUUAUGUUUAAAUAUACAGAUUGUCGUUUUAUAGACUUAUUA